UGAGCGGCACCUUGCUCUCGCGCAGGCGCAGUCGCGCGGCCACCGAAGCUUUCGGAUUGAGGUUUCUUACUCUUUGUCUUUUGCUGCCGCUGAGGGAAUUCAACUUUGAGGUCCACUUUAUCCUUACCAUUUUAGCAAGUAAAGAAAUGAAGGCUCAGAAGACAAGAAGAGAGGAAAAAAAGCAAUAAUAUAUUCCACAGAUCCUGGUUCCCCAGAAAUAAGCCUGCUUAUGUGAAAUAAGAAAGGAGGUCCUGGAACUAAGAAUUUAUUCUCAUUGUAGAAGACCUAGCCAAGACCUCACCCCAGAGCUUUGAGGUAGAGGCAGAAGAGACACAGGAGAGAUCAGUCUCAGACUGGCUAACCAUCUCAUGUGGGCAACAGAAAAUGACCAUGUUACAGGAGUCAUUGUCAUUUGAAGAUUUAUCUGUGGACUUCACCCAGAAGGAAUGGCAGCUGCUGGACCCCUCUCAGAAGGACUUAUACAAGGAUGUCAUGUUGGAGAACUAUAGCAGCCUAGUAUCAUUGGGAUAUGAAGUUAUGAAACCAGAUGUGAUCUUCAAGUUGGAACAAGGAGAAGAGCCAUGGAUAGUAGAUGGAGAAAUUGCAAGUUCAGACUCUCCAGAAGAAGUCUGGCAAGUAGAUGGUCACAUGCUGUGGCAUCAGGAUAACCAAGACAAGCUUAAAAAUGUGAAAAGAGUUCAUGGAUGUGAUGCAUUUGGGAAAAAAUUCGAUCUGAGCAUGAACUUUGUUCCUGUAAGGAAAUCACACAGUGAAAGUGACUUAGAUGGAAUAAUUUUAAAACAUCAUGUAGAUUUACUUAUUCCAAAAGCUGACUGCGAAAAAAUGGAACCAAAUGACUUUAAUGUAUUUGAUAAAUUAUUUCUCCAUACCAAGCCUGAAGAAACUGACACUUGGUUAAAAUACUAUGAAUAUGAUAAAUAUGACAGAAUUAGCUACAAGAAGUCACAGAUUGUCAUAUAUCACAGAACUCGUUUAGGGGAGAAACUCUUUGAAUGCUGUGAAUGUAGGAAACGCUUCAGCAAGAAAUCAAGUCUCAUUAAACAUCAGAGCAGGCAUAUAAGAGAACUAGCCUAUGGCUGUGGUAAAUGCGGCAAAACCUUUCCGCAGAAGUCACAGUUUAUUACACAUCACAGAACUCAUACAGGAGAGAAACCCUAUGAUUGUAGCCAAUGUGGGAAAGCUUUCUCCCAGAAAUCACAGCUCACAUCCCAUCAGAGGACACAUUCAGGAGAGAAACCCUAUGAAUGUGGUGAAUGUGGAAAAGCCUUCUCUCGAAAGUCACAUCUCAUAUCACAUUGGAGGACACACACUGGAGAAAAACCCUAUGAAUGCAGUGAAUGUGGUAGAGCCUUCAGUGAAAAGUCAAAUCUCAUUAAUCACCAAAGGAUUCAUACAGGAGAGAAACCUUUUGAAUGCAGGGAAUGUGGGAAAGCUUUCAGCAGGAAGUCACAACUCAUUACACAUCACAGGACUCACACAGGAACGAAACCCUAUGGAUGUAGUGAUUGUAGAAAAGCCUUCUUUGAGAAGUCAGAGCUCAUUAGACAUCAGACAAUUCAUACUGGAGAGAAACCCUAUGAAUGCAGUGAAUGUAGGAAAGCAUUUAGAGAAAGGUCAAGUCUUAUUAAUCAUCAGAGAACCCAUACAGGAGAGAAACCCCAUGGAUGCAUUCAAUGUGGGAAAGCUUUCUCUCAGAAGUCACAUCUCAUAUCACAUCAGAUGACACACACAGGGGAGAAACCCUUUAUAUGCAGUAAAUGUGGGAAAGCUUUCAGCAGGAAAUCUCAGCUUGUUAGACACCAGAGAACUCAUACAGGAGAAAAACCUUAUGAAUGCAGUGAAUGUGGCAAAGCUUUCAGUGAAAAACUAAGUCUCACGAAUCAUCAGAGAAUUCAUACAGGAGAAAAACCUUAUGUAUGCAGUGAAUGUGGGAAGGCCUUUUGUCAGAAGUCACAUCUCAUAUCUCAUCAGAGGACUCAUACAGGAGAGAAACCCUAUGAAUGUAGUGAAUGUGGAAAAGCCUUUGGUGAGAAGUCAAGUCUUGCCACUCAUCAGAGAACUCACACAGGAGAAAAACCCUAUGAAUGCAGUGACUGUGAAAAAUCUUUCUCCCAGAAGUCACAGCUCAAUACUCACCAGCGAAUUCACACAGGUGAGAAACCCUAUGAAUGCAGUUUUUGUAGGAAAGCUUUCUUUGAGAAAUCAGAGCUAGUUAGACAUCAGAGAACUCAUACAGGAGAAAAACCCUAUGAAUGCAGUGAGUGUAAAAAAGCCUUCAGGGAGAAAUCAAGUCUCAUUAAUCAUCAGAGAAUACAUACAGGAGAGAAACCUUUUGAAUGCCAUGAAUGUGGCAAAGCCUUUUCUCGUAAGUCACACCUCAUACCACAUCAGAGGACCCAUACAGGUGAGAAACCCUAUGGGUGCAGUGUAUGUAAAAAGGCAUUCUCUCAGAAGUCACAGCUUGUUAAUCAUCAGAGAAUUCAUACAGGAGAGAAACCUUAUCAAUGCAGUGAAUGCCCAAAAGCCUUCUCUCAAAAAUCACAGCUCAUUAAUCAUCAGAGAACUCACACAAAAAAGACAUGCUUCUCCUCACAUCCAGUUAUCACCUUUGCUGGCAUCAGUGGCUUAUCUCGUUGCAUUACUCAGAUCCUCAUCGUCUCGUUUGACUAUUCAAGGUUCCGGCUUUUCCAGGUUUUACCGUACAAUAAUUCCUCUCCCUUUCUAUCGCAUUCGGACUCUGAGCUCUUCGAAGACAUGGACGUUUCUGUUGUCGCCGGCUGCCGGGCACGUCUCCAGUCGCAGUCGGCGCGGUCCCGAGUCAUUCUGGAAGUUGUAGUUUUCCGAGUGUGGGGCCCUUCGUCCUUAGAUCGGAGGCCGCGAUACCUUCUGGGAAUUGUAGUUGUCCUAGGCCAGCGACCUUCGUCUCCGGGAGCUGUCGGCGCGGCACCGAUGCAUUCUGGGAGUCGUAGUUUUCUGAGGGCCUGUGGGCCCGGCCUGUGCCGUGGAGCACUUCGGGGAUCUGGGCCAGUGACUCUGUUCCGAGUCCGGAAAUCCUGUGCCAAGAGUAAGGAGGAACCGCGGCGUCCUGUGACCGCGACUAAAUGCGGAGGUACUGGGAGCGCUGGCCUGGUUUACGCUCCGCAGAGCCCGCGCCGUGGCAAGAACGGAAUGGCCGGAGUCUGGCGCGAUGCCCCACCUGGCGCCCCGGGCCGUUCUGGCUCCCCGACUCUGUGUGUGGUGGGGGUGUCUGUAACGAGAAUCUCCAGUGAGGGGGAACACAGUGCCUCGUGCACGGCCAAGAUGACCUGCUCGCUCAUGUUUCCUUUCUCUCCCUGCCAGCUGUGCCAUUUUAGAUUUUGCUGUUCUCCUCGGUCACUUCUGCGAGCCAUGUUUCAGGGGUCAGUGACAUUCAGAGAUGUGGCCAUAGACUUCUCCCAGGAGGAGUGGGAAUGGCUUCAGCCUGCUCAGAGGGAUUUGUACAGAUGUGUAAUGUUGGAGAACUAUGGCCACCUGGUCUCACUGGCAGGUCUUUCCAUUUCUAAGCCAGAUGUGGUUUCCUUAUUGGAGCAAGGGAAAGAGCCUUGGCUGGGGAAAGGAGAUGUGAGAAGAGAUCUGUUUUCAGUUUCAGAGUCAAACAGUGAAAUCAAUGAGAUUUCUCCAAAAAAUGAUAUUUAUGAAAAUGAUUCAUACCAGUAUUUGAUAAUGGAAAGAAUUCUAAGCCACUGCCCUGAGGAUUCCAGUUUUAAAGGCGGUUGGAAGUGUGUGGCUGACACUGAGAUGCUGCAAAGAAGUCAAGGAUGUAUCAGGCAAGUGACAGUCUCUCAUCAAGAAGCCUUGGCUCAACACAUGAGCAUCAAUACUGUAGAGAAGCCCUAUGGAUGCCACGAAUGUGGGAAAACUUUCAGUCGGCGCUUUUCCCUUGUGCUACAUCAGAGAACUCACACUGGAGAGAAACCAUAUGUAUGUAAGGAAUGUGGCAAAACCUUUAGUCAGAUCUCAAACCUUGUGAAACAUCAGAUGAUACAUACUGGAAAGAAACCCCAUGAGUGUAAGGACUGUAACAAAACAUUCAGUUACCUUUCAUUCCUUAUUGAACACCAGAGAACACACACUGGGGAGAAACCCUAUGAAUGUACCGAAUGUGGAAAGGCCUUUAGCCGUGCCUCAAACCUCACUCGACAUCAGAGAAUUCACAUGGGAAAGAAACAGUAUAUAUGUAGAAAAUGUGGAAAAGCCUUUAACAGUGGUUCAGAACUCAUUCGCCAUCAGAUUACACAUACGGGAGAGAAACCUUAUGAGUGCAUUGAAUGUGGGAAGGCAUUUCGCCGUUCCUCACACCUUACACGCCAUCAGAGCAUUCAUACUACUAAAACUCCCUAUGAAUGUAAUGAAUGUUCGAAAGCCUUCCGUUGCCACUCAUUCCUUGUUAAACAUCAGAGAAUUCACGCCGGAGAAAAGCUCUAUGAAUGUGAUGAAUGUGGUAAAGUUUUCACUUGGCACGCAUCUCUUACUCAACAUAUGAAAAUUCAUACUGGAGAAAAACCCUAUGCUUGUGCUCAAUGUGACAAAGCCUUCAGUCGGAGCUUUUCCCUCAUUCUACAUCAGAUAACUCAUACUGGGGAGAAACCCUAUGUAUGUAAUGUAUGUAACAAAUCCUUCAGCUGGAGCUCAAACCUUGCUAAACAUCAGAGAACACACACUCUAGAGAACCCCUAUGAAUAUGAAAAUUCAUUUAAUUACCACACAUUCCUUACUGAACACCAACGAAUUCACAUUGUAGAAGAAAGCUAAGAAUGUAGAUUAUUUAAAAAAAAAAAAGAAAAGCAGUUAAUGCCU